AUGCUGUCGUCGCCACCACCACUAGAUUUCUGUGCCGUCGUCAUCUGUCUCAUGCACAAAAACCUGGCUUGUGCGGAGCUAUCAUGCUCUAGAAUAGAUAGAGUAAACACAUGGCUGAUGGAAAGGUACACUCUCCGUAGAAUAGAAGCCGGAGAGCAAUAUAUCUACCACCCAAAAUCCCCCCCAAAAUCCCACUACCUACUCCUACUGCAAACACCACACUCACCAAACCCCCUCCCCCACUACCACCACAAUGCACGCCCACCUCCUCCCCUCCUCUCCCUCCUCCCCCUCCUCCCCCACGCCCUCGCCGCCGCCACCGACACCCGCUCCCCCACCUCCUCCGUCCCCGGCAAGGCCUUCUCCCGCUUCGUCACCAUCUGGCUCGAAAACACCGACUACGCCAAAGCCGACGGCGACCCCUCACUCACCUGGCUCUCCUCGCGCGGGAUCAAGCUCUCCAACUACUUCGCCGUCACGCACCCCUCCGAGCCCAACUACGUCGCCGCCGUCGGCGGCGACUACUUCGGCAUCAACAACGACGACGCCAACACACUUCCCGCGAACGUAUCAUGCAUCGCCGACCUGCUCGACGACAAGGGCAUCUCGUGGGGCAGCUACCAGGAGGACAUGCCGUACUCGGGCUUCACGGGCGCCGAGUACCGCAACCAGGUGACCAAGGCGAAUGCCUAUGUGCGGAAGCACAAUCCGCUGGUGAUGUUUGAGAGCGUGGCGGGGGACCCAGAGAGGCUGGCGUUGAUCAAGAAUUUGACGUGGUUUGGGAAGGAUUUGGAGGCCAAGACGCUGCCGCAGUGGAUGUUUAUCACGCCGAAUAUGACGUCUGAUGGACAUGAUUCUUCGGUUACGGUUGCUGGGUCGUGGACCCGUGCCUUUUUGGAACCGCUGCUGGACAAUGAGUACUUCAUGAAUGAUACGCUUAUUCUCGUCACCUUCGACGAGAACCACAGCUACACCACACAAAACCGCGUACUCGGAAUCCUCCUCGGAGGUGCCGUACCGGCAAACUUGGUCGGCACCACCGAUUCAAACUACUAUGACCACUACAGCGAGAUCGCAACCGUCGAGGCAAACUGGGGCCUCAGCACGCUCGGCCGCUUCGAUGUCGGCGCCAACGUCUUUGCCUUUGUCGCAAACGCCACCUCCGACACUAUCCGCGCCCCGGCGAACCUAGACAGCAUCUACCUGAACGAGUCCUACCCGGGCAUCUUCAACGACAAGAAGUGGGGCCCGCAGCCAGCCCCAAACACCGAGCUGGAGCAGAACGGGCGAAAGGUGCUGCAGGCGAUUAAGGACGAGUGGGAGGAUGACCAGGACCAAACGUACUACACGGGCUCUCUGGAGGUGCCGAGUAGUGCGAACCCGCCAACAUUGACUAGUUCAAACGUGACCUCCUCGAACUCCAGCAGCUCAACAUCAACAAACGCACCGACCUCCACCACCUCAAGCGGAGCAAACUCAGCAGGGAAAAUGGCAGUCAGCGGAGUGCUAUGUGGGCUUGUGGGGACGGUGUGGAUGGUCGCCGUUCAGGCAGGGUUGUAA